CGUCACGUCAUUUGUCAUUUUAUCUUCCACUUCCACGCAUGUCAAUGUCAACAAGAAAAGCUUUUCACAUAUUUUAUAAGUAGGAAACAUAUUUUAAGUUAAAAUUGAGUUUCUUAAAACUUUAAAACUGUGGUUUUCGUAUAAAAUUAUUAAUAAAAUAUGGCAUCCAAAGUGACGUUUAAAAUAACUUUAACAUCAGAUCCAAAACUUCCUUUUAAAGUGUGAGAAGACCUGGUUCUAUCCUUUGACAGAAACUACCAAAAGAAACAUGAGUGAAAACUCAAAAGCUCAAAUCACACAACUGUUUACAUCAUUUGAUUCAUUUGUUAAAAUCUUAGAGGAUAGUGAGUGGUUUCCGACAGCUAAAAUCGAAGAUAUCAAAACGGCUUUUAAGUUAGGAAAUUACAUAGAAAAAACUACACAUCAUUUCAAAUCAAAUGAUUUGUGGAACAAUUUUUCUGCUACGUUAAUAUCUUGGUGGAAAACUAAGAACAGAACAAAAGUUUACUGUGAUAGUGUAUAUAGUUUUGCAUGUGAUGAAUUGUUAAUUCGGUUUUUUAGAUGCUCAAAUAUUUCACACAAUACGUUAGAUAUAGCAGUUACAAUUUAUACAUCAUUGCUUCCCAAAACUCGCUUUGAAUCACUUUUAGAGAGGUUAAUAUUAGAUGCAGGAAAUUUAGAAGCAGUUACUGACUAUUUAAAUUCCACUACAAAUGAUGGCAAUGCAAAACAUUUAGAGUAUCAGCUAAAAUUAAGAUACUGGGAUAUGUUGUUACAAUUGGGACAAGAAUCUGCUUUGAAAGAACAAAUCAAAGAUAUGCUUUUGCCCUAUAACGUAGAGACAUUCUUAUAUAUUUUAAUAGGUAUCCUAUCCCUUGAUGAACUGUCUGAAACAGAGAAACAAGUACAAAAUAUUAUUCUCAAUGAUAUUAUAAAUAAAAUGUUUGAUCGUAGCUUACUGGGCAAACAAUUUUGGCUUACUCUCUUCAAAAAAAUAGACAAAACAUGCACAUAUACUGUUUGUAAAAAUUUUAAUACCUUUCUGAGUAACUUUCUAAAUUUCAUUAUAUAUGUUGGUAGCAUGAUGAAGAAAGUAGGCAACUUUUGGAAAUCUGACCCAAAUAUUUGUUUUUAUCCAGAAAUAGAGUAUGCAGAUAUUUUAGCCCAUAUUAUAAAUUUGAAUGAAAUAGAUAGUAUAAGAUUAACUCUAAAAGAUAGGCUAAAGGAUGCUAAAGAAUCUACAAAAUCAGAUAUUUGGGAUCAAAUUUUGUCAGACAUUUCAAACAAGUGAUUUAAAAGUUAAAAUGUGUGUGUUUAUAAACAUUUUAUUAUACACAAUGUAAAAAAUAUGUGAUAAUAAGUUUUGAAUAAUAUAAUAAAAGACGGUUUCCAUA